ACUCACCUUUCAUCCUCAAGCACCAACGUCAUAAACCCCAGUCAAUUCGCUACCCUUUGUUCCUCCCCCCACGGAGCCCACAGGCAUUCGCGACGGGCGCAAAGACGGGAUGAGUGCAGAGUCACGACACACCCGACGACGACGAGCGAGCCGUGGGAAAUGGAGUUUGAGGUCUCAUUGGAAAAUGAGCAACAGUUCUGGGAUGAGAUUCAAGAGAUUGUAUCCGCCCUUUGCUCCUCCGAAGACGUCAUUGACAAUGCUCUGCGAUCUUAUCUGAAUCUGGCGACGAAAUACAAAGAUGAAUACCUCCAGACUGAAUUAGAGGUCACGAGAUGCUCGUACAAGCUGCUUUCAUCGAAAAUUUUCGCCUCACAUGCGGGUUACGUUCGGAGACAAAUGAUCUACGGUUUAUUGCAGGACGAUGAUCCGGAUACACUUUACCUAAUCUCGUCGUUUCUUCUGUUUGACGGUCGGCAGAAUGAAGUCGCACUACAAAUGAUGAACGAAGAGGGUGCAUUCCCACGUUUGUUAGAGCUCCUUCAAGUGCAGAACAGGAAGAGAGAGGUCGAGGGCGAUGGAGCGGGGCUUGAUCGACUUUUUAUGGACUUAAUCUAUGAGAUGUCAAGAAUUCAAAGAAUCAAGAUGGAGGAUCUGGUUCUCGUGGAUGAUGAAUGCAUUAAAAGCCUCUUUGAUAUCAUUGAAGAGCUCUCCUACGAUUCGAGUGACCCGUACCAUUAUACAGUAAUUCGAGUUUUGUUGGUUCUGAACGAACAAUUUAUGAUCUCAGCACACGAUCCCGUGGACGAGAAAAGCUCGACUCCAUUGACAAACAAAGUUAUCAAAAUCUUGUCAAUGCAUGGUAACCUCUAUAAGACGUUUGGCGAGAACAUUAUCCUUCUUAUAAAUCGAGAAGCCGAAACGUCGCUUCAGCUUCUCACCCUAAAGCUACUGUACCUGAUAUUCACAACGCCCACAACCUUUGAGUACUUCUACACGAAUGAUCUCCAUGUGCUGGUCGAUAUCUUAAUCCGAAAUCUUCUGGACCUGCCCGAAGAGGCUUCUGCUUUACGGCACACUUACCUGCGCGUUCUCUACCCAUUGCUAGCCCAUACCCAAUUGAAGACGCCGCCACACUACAAGCGAGAAGAACUGAAAAGAAUGCUCAGCAUCCUCGUCCGAGGUCAGCUUUCUAGCAACGAGAUCGACCAGGGUAAAAUCAUGCACUUCGACGAGGUCGACGAAACGACAAGAAGACUCGUCAUUCGAUGUGCUACGGUGGACUGGCUGCGAGAUGAAGAGCCAGACGCUCAAUCUCCUAAAGAGCUCGAGGUAGAUACUACUACACCUUGUCCUGCAAUCCCAGAUGGCUGUCAUCCGGAGGCUGAGAUAGGUACACCUUUGGAGCCAACAACGUCACAGCCCAUUUCUCCCACAAGCACGGUUGGAAGCUCCCCUGUGGCUCUGUCUCCAACCAAUCUCGAUGAAUCGCCCAAAACAGAAGUAGUCAACCAAGCGCAACGCUUGGGCAUGCACUUGGAGCCUGCAUCGUCGUCCUCCCUGAGCGUACAAGAAGUAGCCGCACAGCACGAGAAGCCAGGCGUCCUAACGCCGAGCCGCAAUCGGACUCAAAUAGCGACAACGGACCGCCCAUCCAGCCCCAACAAACCAAAGAUCAAACCACUACCACCGAAGUCAAGACGCUGGCGUGGACGACGCACCACUGGAGACGAAAACGACAAGAUCCCCGAAGAGCCAGGAAUAGGACCCGGAACAAGCGCAAGUCCAAGUCCCGUCACACCCUCAACACCAUCUAUCCCACAAGAACCCUCCGACAGAAGGGGCUCAACAACCACAUCCGGCCUCGUCCCUCCCAUCCCAGCCCAUGGCCGUCGCUCCGCCUCAAACCCACCCCCAGCUGUUCCCCCGCCGAGACGCUCUACCCUCCCAGUAGUCCACCCUCAUCAUGCCUCCAGCCACUGUACCCCAGUCACGAGUCCGUCCCGACUCCAAAUCCAACAGAACAGCAACUCCGUCCAAAAGCACGGCCAGAAGCCCGAACCACCCAAGACCCGUCGAUCGGGUCGGCGCAGACCAUCCCAAACAGAAUCCCCAACCCCAAGUCAAGACGGACACGAUGGACACGCCGCGCUCGCUGAAGUUCCGAAUGAAAAGCACCACGAGAAUAUGACAGUCAGCGUGGAAGAGGCCGUACAAAACGUGUCUCUUAGUUAAUUAUUUGAUCAGCCGGGGCCAUUGAUAUAAUCAAUUGACUAAUCCAUUGCAUAAGCAUUCAUGGGCAUCGGUAUGGCGCUGUGUUUGCAAGAUUGUUUUCUUCAGGCUCGGGUGUACGGAGUAUGAUUUCUUACUUGGUUGCAUUGAUAUACAAUAGUAAUAGCAUAGCGCUAGAAUACUAGAGAUUGGCAUUCGUUUUACUGCAUCUGCUUUGUGUUUCUCAUUUCAAGGAACUAGAAAGGACGAAACUGUAUUCGCGAUUCUUUACCUACAUUCAAGCGAACGAAGAAGACCAAAGGUAGCUAGCUGUAUGACUGCAUCUUGCUCUUCGGCUAUAUCCCA